AUGGAAGAUGUCAAACUUCUUGAUGACGUAGUUGCUACUUUUCAUUGCGCUCGGACCGUAUCGCGAGCAUCGGAUCGUCUAUACGGUAUUGGUGCCAACUUUGCCAGAGUGGCGCGCGGCUUGGUGGAAGCCCAGAAAUCUUGUGUCGGUGAAUACAACAAACAGGAAGACACCCUACAGCUGCCGGAUGACUGUCGAAGGGCUAAGGCUGAUCGUCCGAACCCGUCGCAAGAUCAAUUAGGCCUUGAUAUGAUGGAUUAUCUUACCUAUCCAGAGGCCCAAGAUAUGUCAGCGCUUUUCGGGACCUGGGAUAAUGGACAACCAUCCGCGUUGGAGCUAUUUGGACUAAAUGGAGAGGAUCUUAUGUGA